AAAUUGUUUCAAUACGAAAUAUUGAGACCAGUGAAUAGACCAACGCUUGUUACCAUGGAUUUAGAGAAGAAGAAUGAAAUUGUAAUAAUGGAAAAUAACAAUUUGGAAAUGGAAAAUACUCCAAUGGUUAAUACAACAGGUGUUGCAAGUGAGCUUGAUUCUUCAAAUAAUGGUGAUUUUUCACCAUCUGAUGGGUCUGAUUAUAAACCGUCAGAAAUUUACAAACAUAAGCGUUUAUUUAAAACAAGAUCUUCCAAACGUAGCAGUUCGUCAAACUCUUCUAAUUCCAGCAGUAGCUCAUCUAGUUCAUCCAGUUCAUCUGUUAAGGAUAACAUUGAUGUGGCUAACAACGAAUUUUUUAUGUUUAUGUUACUUUAA